AUUGUAAACAGGAUCGUCAUCGAUCCCAACGGCUCCAACGUAUACUUCACCUGUGGAGAUGAUGGAACAGUUCGUAGAUUUGAUCGUCGGGUGCAGCACGAAUGCCGAGGUGCGGGCGAGCAGUGCGAGGACAACGUCUUCGUAGAUCUGACCAAAGGCGACAAGUACACAAACCGCAAUGUGGGACUCAAUACCCUCUCGAUCAACCCGAGCACGGGCCUACAGAUCGCCACGGCUGGGUCCGAUCCGUUUGUCAGGCUCUACGACGUGCGGAAGCCGACACAACCCUUCCGCGUGUACCGGCCGUCCUGGCGCUCGGAAGAGCAGCGAAAGGCCCAGCGCUCGGGUCGGUCACUAUACAUGUCCCACCCGCACCUGACCUCGCUGGUCUUUGAUCGCACCGGCACGGAACUGCUCGCGAGUUAUGGUGGGGACUACAUUUAUCUGUUGUCUCUGGCUGGCGGGACGGAUGGUGUCACGCUCACGGAGGGAAUGGAGAUGGAAGGCGGAAUCCGCGCGGCCUCCCCAACGCGACCGCAGCGCGGUGGUGACGAGGGAGACUGCGGCGAUAUGAUGAACAGCCAACCGACGACCUCUCCGCCGAAGCGAAAGCGAAAGCGAACAAGAAGC